AUGCCUAUAACCGAAGCCACAAGGCAGUCGGUUGGUUAUGUGGUAUUGGCUCUCCAUGGACUGGUCAUCCUGAUAGGAUUCUUGAUCGACCACACCUGGAAGUUGUAUAAGACAAUACUUAGAGGUACACCUGUCGAUCAGAACUCUUCAUCUCACUCCACUAGCGGAGGGUCAGACUCAAUUAAUUCUUUUCAAAUGGAUCCUCUUGAAACACAUUCAACAGCAGAUUUACUUGAAUAUCGCCAGGCCCCGAGCAGAGAACCAUCCAGGCGAGACUUUCAACCAGAUCCAUCGACGCUGUUCAGACCGCCGAGGUCAGGAGCAACAAGCCCUGCUUAUCAAGCACCUCGACCAGCGACUGCUUCAUCAAUCCCAAGAUCACCAACAACGGACAACAGUGGUCCUAGCACAGGGCACUUUAGCAUAGAUCUGGCCCUGUCGGAAGUAGCACUUCAACCAGGCAUCGACUACUCCUUUCGCGAGUCUGACAGGUUUUAUGGAAUUGAUGAAGAAAGGGUCUUUGUCUCAUCAACGUCAACUCCAGAUGCAGAUACAAAUACACGGCUUUCGCCAGGACUGAGGCGUGAUGAGACUGCUUGCGGUGAUAAAAUGGACUACAAAUCGUUGCCCCAGCCUCUACCUAGGCUCAUACCUGCUGAUCAGAUUCUUCUCACCAUGAAACGAAUCGUCGGUCGAUAUCAGGCUACUCGAGAAGACAUUAUUCAAAGUGCCGACGAACAAGCAGCCAACUUCGACAACGUAAUUCAGCCCCUAAUUGAUAUCGAUAACGAAACUCAAGGUGAUAUUGCCAUCAUUGCUAUGCUCCGUUAUGCUUCGCCAGACAAGGUAUCUCGUCAGGCGUCAGAGGAAGCAUGCACCCUCAUCAACGAAGAUCAAGCUGCCUUUACAGCUAGACCUGAUUUCUGGUGCUUUAUAAAAGCUGUCAAAGGCAACCAGGGCACUUCUCCUCAUUUUGAGGCUCGAAAAUAUCUCGAUAAGGUGUUUCUCGAAUUCAAACAGUUUGGACACGGUACUUUGCAGCCAGCUCAAAUUCAGGAAGAAGACACUGGCGGUAUUUGGUUCUCUAUCGAUGAACUAGCAGGUGUACAGCAGCAUGAUUUAGAUCGCUUUGGAAAGGACCCAGACAAGCAUGACAUGCGAUUCGUUCGCUUUUCAACAUCUGAUUCUUUGGUCAUAUACCGAAAUGCCUCCAAGAGUGCUACACGGAAAAAAAAUCUUUGCUACCUGGGAGGCUCAACCUGGCAUGAAGAUGUGCGAGCUUAUUCUGUUUGGGAUGAUAGAGAAGCAUCGAAAGGUCAAUUCAUUGGCUACCUCUAUAUGGAUCUUCUCUCGAGAGAUAACAAGUACAAGGGUAGCCAGAACGUCAACCUCCAAUGUAUCAUCUCCCUCUUCCACGGUAAGAAACCACAUACAAACAAACGAAAUACACCAGGACUCAUCAGGUCAGAAUUAGGACAUGGCAUCCAUGACUUGCUGGCCAGGACGAACUACGUAGCCUUUAACGGCCAUAGGUCACCGCCUGACUUUGCAGAAGCCCUCAGCGUAAUGCUCGAGAAGUGGUGCUGGAUGAAGCCUGAACUCAAACGCCUGGGUCUGCAUUACACGAGAACCGAUCUGCAGUUGAAGGAGAAAUGGCUUAGAGAGCAUCCGGGAGAAGGUCUUCCUCCGGGGCGCAUACCCAAUGAUACCAUUGAGAAGUUGAUAGAAGGUCGUCAGGUGACGCGCUCGUUAUGGUAUCUUCGUCAAAUGGUUUACGCCCAGUUUGACAUGGCAGUUCAUCAUCCCAAAAGCCACUCGGAACUACUAAAAAUGGACUUUACCAAAGUAUUUAUUGACUUGCUAGAGAAGCUGUGGCUCGUUCGUGCGCCUCAGCCAGAAGACCAAGGAUAUCCACACGCUGACCUAGGCCAUCUGGUAUCUGGCUACGAUGCGGGCUACUACUCAUAUCUCAGGCGAGUUGACCUAGAUCUGGCUACAUAA